AUGGUGCAGUGGGAAUCGUACCCGGAAGAAAUGAUGGCACUGGUGAACAGCACUAGGUUGAAAACAAGAGAAGAAAACCUCAUAGAAAAACACAGCGCGCUUUAUCCUCUUACCCCUCAGAUCGAUAAGCGCGGAGUUAUACGAGUUGAUAGCCGCAUUGGAGCUGCUAAGUGCGCGAAGUACGACGUGAAAUAUCCAGUCAUUCUACCCAAGCGUCAUCAUGUCACCAACCUGAUUCUCGAAGACUUACAUCGGAAAUUCAAGCACGGUUGCAACGAAACGGUUGUGAAUGAAGCACGCCAACGGUACCAUAUUCCACAUCUACGGAGAGUCGUUAAAAGUAUCUCCAGUCGCUGUAUGCUAUGUCGGAUUCGUAAAACACUUCCUGUAGUUCCACAAAUGGCUGCUCUUCCAGAGGCUCGAUUAUCACCAUUCACGCGACCAUUUUCAUAUGUUGGAGUAGACUACUUCGGUCCAGUUCUACUAAAAAGAGGACGAUGUACCGUCAAACGAUGGGUAGCCCUCUUUACGUGCCUGACCAUACGAGCAAUCCACGUCGAAGUUGUUCACAGCCUCUCAACAGAGGCCUUCAUAAUGAGCGUACGUAGGUUCGUGGCUCGAAGAGGUGCACCGGUCGAAAUAUACAGCGAUAACGCUACCAAUUUCCACGGUGCAGAACGAAUUCUCAGGAGGCAAAUCGAAACCGGACUGGCUGCUACAUUUACCAAUACUUCCACUACGUGGAAAUUCAUUCCUCCCGGGGCUCCACACAUGGGAGGGUCGUGGGAGCGAAUGGUAAGAUCGGUUAAAACGGCACUCUGUGUUGCCUAUCGUGAUGAAAGGUUAGAUGACGAGGCUUAUCAAACGUUACUCGUGGAGGCCGAAUCAAUUGUUAACAGCCGGCCUUUGACUUACCUACCCUUGCAGUCCUCUGAAGAGGAAGCUUUGACUCCGAACCACUUUUUGCUCGGCAGUUCAUCGGGAGUCAAUCAGCCUUCAACUCUAAUUGGUGAAGCGCAGGGGCUCAGAAAGUCAUGGAACAUUUUGCAAAGACAACUAAACAUAUUCUGGAAAAGGUGGGUGCGCGAAUACUUGCCGACUUUAACCAAACGAACGAAGUGGUUUAGCAAAUCAAGGAAUAUUCAACCAGGAGAUUUGGUUCUGUUAGUGGAGGACAAGAGACGUAAUGGAUGGAGCCGAGGACGUGUCGUGGAGGCCAUCGCCGCCGAUGAUGGUGUCGUCAGACAAGCGAUAGUACAAACUGCCAAUGGGAUGCUACGUCGGCCAGCGUCGAAGCUUGCUAUACUGGAUGUAAUGGAGGAUAAUGAAACUUCAGCAGCCGAAGGUUUCAUCGGGGGGAGGAUGUUGCGGCCUGAAACCACAACUGGCAACCCGGCGAGAACUGACAGGCGAGAUGUAGUCUAA